AUGCCUCGUAUCCCUGUCCGGGUUGAGCCAUAUAGCUCGCCAUCCAAACAGCACCGGCACUACAAAAGCAAGCGAGAUCAGGUUCUCCGCUCGCUUGGGAAGGCCGCUUAUAUCAAUGGCAGUCAAUUCGCACUCUUGCUUGUGUCUGCUCGAGGUGACGUUGAAACAUACGCUAGCGAUGCGCUUCAGGGUCAUCUAGACACAUGGUUCGUGAAAAGUGGCAUUGCCGACGAGGCCCGACAACUUGCACAAAAGAGUCACGAUGAAAAUCAUCCUCACUCGCCCACUUUUGACGCUGAUGAAGAACUUACUGAAAACGUAGAAGAUGUCUGUGCAUCAGCAUCGGCAUCUUCGGUCCCCAAGGCCACAGAUGAUCCCUUCCUUGACUCAUGGAACUCUUUGCCCGUGGGAACACCCAAAUUAGAGCGAAAUGCUGACGAAUGGGACAACGUACUGAAACAAGAGAUCGUUUCUGAUGACAACCACAGCCUCAUGGAAUCCAAAGCUGACACGUACAGUCCUCAGCCAAUCGCUCUCCCCCAAACAUCCACGCCAAUUCAUCCUAGCUCUAAUACCCCGUUACCUUCCAGUCGCACUCCCAUGCAUACCGCGCAACCAGGUUAUACGCUUGAGCUCAAGGAUGAGAAUGCACGUACUGAAUUUAUUGAGUUACGAUUCAGUCAGCUUCAGCAGGUUAUGUGCAAAAUGAUUGCGAAAGAGUGGGUCAAAGUCAUUGAACCCAAAAAGCAAACGCGCUUCCCUUACAACAAGGGAGAUGCUGGAAAGCCAACUUGGUGGCCUGCUGAUGUUCGACACAAGGAGCCUGAUCAUCUAAUGAAGCCAGAACGGCACGCCUUGCUCCUUGCCAUCCUUCGUUCACCACAAACACGCAUUGCACGUCUCCAGUUAGCGACAGCCGAGGUGAUUGCCCUGAUAAAGGCCGGCAAGGUUACCUAUCUGAUGGACGUGUACCGUGUAGCCCGUGAAGAGGAAAGGCUUCGUGAUGAGGGUCUAGAUCCUAAUUCUCCUAUUACCGUAAGUGUAUCGUCGCUUGAAGGUUGGGAUGCAGCUAAUGGAUGCGCUUCAAGAACAGCAGUUGGAUCAUCAAUCAAAAUGAUUGAAAACACCCGAAGUAAAGAAUGGAAGGUUGAACGACGUGCAUCAUCCCGUUUUGACGAAGAUGAAACAUCUGAAAUGCGCAGCACAAUGUCAUGGACACCCGCGACCCAAAGAUCAUACCCUUCUAAUGUCAGUUCAAUCAUGCAAAAUUUCGCUCAGCUUCCGAAUCACAUGUCCCCACACGGCAUGGAUCAUCGGACAGCGGUAGAAAUGCCUUCUAAGUUAGGCUUGACAACAAACGUACCUCAGGAUCCUGCGAUAUUUUCUCCAUCCAUGUCUACUGACACGCAACCUCAGAGAGCUUCGUUUCAUGGAUUAGGCGUAACUGUGCCUCAUGUACAGAGCCCACUGAAUGCAGUGCGGUCAACACCUGCCGCAUCGAGUGAAAACGUUGAUAUACCUCGGUCCGCAUCUGUUUCUUAUCCUGUCACAUCCGUGCCCAUGCGACCUGCUCACUCAUCGCCUGCAAACUUUAAUCAGCCAGAAAAUUGGAUGGAUAUGCGAUACGCACAAAGGGCUGUGCCUCAUAUGCAUUUCGAACAUUCGACUCAUCAUGGAAUGGACAUGAAAACACUGCCAACGCAUCAGCAACCACGACCGCCUUGGGAAUUUCAAAUACCUGGAACGCCUUAUCAUCAGCCUCCGCAAGCUUCAUUGUGGGCUCCUAUGCCCGAGACGCCUAUUCAUCGAUCUCAUCCUGUUAUGCCUAUGCACAUGGGUAUGAAUACUUCGCCAACCCACGACGUUAUGGUCUCCAAUUCAUUUGACUCUAGUUUCUCGUCAUCGCAUUUAGGCCCGGUCACGCCUGCACAGGCCCCUUUUGUUUUCAUGAAUGGUCCAGCAGCGUCUUAUCCGACCACUAAAUCGCCGCCUGUGAAUCACGCCAUGACAUUUCAGGAUUUCGGUCUAUCUCAAGUGCCGUCACCAUCUCAAGAUAUUCAUUCUGUACAAGCAAAGCAGCAUGGUCAAUAUGCAUCUUUCACGUCCGCACCUAUGGACUGGUCGACGCGCUAG